AUGAGCAGCCUAACUAUAGAUGAAAGUGCGUUCGUAGAAGCCACAAAUGAUGCUAACACUCUAGAGUUUUCUGAUGAAAAGCAACAAGGUCGUUUUGAAUUAGGUAUUUCAAUGUUGAUAUACAGUUGGGACGCACUUGACAUUGCUGUGGCAAACCAAUGGGGUGGUAUAGAUUCUGCUGAUAAGAGAGAUUGGAUAACGGCUAUUGUCAUAGAUUUAUUUAAAACUAAUAAAAUUGUCGAUAUUGCCAUGGUAGAAGAGACACUAUUGUAUGCAAUGGUUGAUGAAUUUGAUACAAAUGUCGAGGACGAUACAAGUUUGAUCGUUGCAAGUAAUGUUAUUAAAUUGUACGAGGAAUGUUAUGCUAUGAACUAUGGUCGUGUAGAAGAACUUUAUGCCAGAUACGUAGAAAAGGAAAAGAACAGACAAGGUAAACCAGAUCAGAGAAUUGUUCAUGUACACGGUGAUGAUGACUCUAGCUGCGAAGAAGAUGAAGAGGACGAGGACGAAGAUAUGAUGGAAUUAGUUGUUGAAGAAGAAGAGAUAGUGACUACCACUGCCGAACCGAUAAUAGAUGACGAUGGUUUUGAACUUGUACAAAAGAAAGGGAAAAGAAAAUUUUAA